AUGGACGAUCUUUCCCACUUUGACGGAACCAUGUUUCAAGAAGACGAGAAUCUUGAAGCCCUCAGGAGUCGUGUCGACCCAAAAUUUGACCCCGCAAAUGCUGCACUCAAAGCAACAUGUGGUCAUCCACCCAUCCACAUCCACUCUCAAGAUGACGAUGCCCUGCCUAACGAGACAGCCGUCUUUACUAUCUUGGUCGAGCUCGUAGAUGUACCGGAUGACACCUAUGACAAAGACGUCUCAGCAAGUAGAGCCGCGGUAGCGAUAAAUACUCUCUACCUUUCCGAGAGACCUGAUCCGGCAACCCGACGAUCAGGAUCUGAGGGUUACCUCUACUUGAUCUGGUCCGAACUUUUUAGUUGGGUGAGGCAAAUCCCAGUCGAGCAUUCUGCAAUGCACAGAUUAGUGGAUUUGAUCGCCGAACUCAUGAAGAUUGAUACACAGACGUUGCUCAUCUGGGGACAGGAUAUCAAACUAUGGCCUCAAUUGCCAUUGUUAAAUCCCGAGUUUGUCGAAGAAUGCGAGCAAAGAAGGGGCGUUGAGUUACAGCGCCUCGAAGCUUUCAAGGACAACCGGCAUGGAGAACGAUAA